UUUAUUUCCAUGAUUAUUUCCUAUCAUUUACAGAGGACAGCGUUUAUCAAGACGAAGUGGAUUGUGCUUCUGAGAUGCCAGAAUUUGAAAUUGAUCGUCUUGACAACGGCAAAUUUCAGACUGUAGUGCCAGUAGCAAGUGGAUUUUUCUCCUAUAUUAUUGGAACAAAAGGUGCCACCAAAAAGCGAAUUGAAAUGGACACUUUUACACAAAUUCGCAUUCCUCCAAAGGGCCAAACAGGAGAUAUAGUUGUUGUUGGUAAAGAUGUCAAAACAGUGAGACAGGCAAGAAUCAAAAUAGAAUUAUUGGUGGAACAAGCACGGAGGAAGAUGCCUUUUACACACUUCUUGUCAUUGCCCAUGAACAAUCCUUCAGUACAAGAUAGAUUCCUAGAAUUUAAGAGACAAGUGCUUGAAAAGUUUGGUAAUGAGAGAGGCAUUGAUGAAAGUCUCUUUCAAGAUCCUGCAAAGCUACAUUUGACCCUUUGCGUUAUGGUCUUAGCAGAUGACAGGGAACGACGACGAGCCAUUGGAGUUUUAAAUACAUGCCCAGAAAAUGUGUUGAAAAAACAUCUGACUGAGGAAAAACUAAAAGUGGAGAUGAAGGGCAUUGAAUACAUGAAUGAUGACCCAAAUGAAGUUGACGUUCUGUACGGCCAGGUUCACGCUCUUUCUUGGGGUCUGUCUUUGCAGACUAUUGCUGAUUCCCUUGUGGACCAGUUUGUCAAUGCAGGUGUUGUGAACCGUCAGCACGAAAGAGUCAAGUUGCACGUAACCCUAAUGAACACACUCUUCCGUCAUGAAAAAGAAGAGGGUUUAACAGAUAACAGAGUUGGAAAAGAGCGAGAGUCAUUUGCUGCAAAACAGAUAUUAGAGGAAUUCAAGGAUUACUCUUUUGGUGAAAUGGAAAUUACCGAGGUUCACUUAUCACUUCGGCAUACUACUGCUAAUAAUGGAUUCUAUUCUGCAUCUGCAAAGAUUCCUGUAUGGACCUCUGACUCCUCCUAGGUAUAUGUGAUGCAACAAACUGGCAGCAUAAGGAUUCUGAGAUUUUCAUUAUUCUGAGGUUUUUUCCAAGAUGAAGAGUCCAUUUUAACAACUUUAAAAUUUGUUACUAUGUAUAACACAGACCUUUAUUUCAUUAUGUAUGUGAUUGUUAUAAGCCAUUUGGGAUUAAAUUUAAGAUCAGGAAGUUCUUUUAUUUUUUAAAUAUUUUACAGUUUUAGUAUAUUUUAUUUCCAAAUAAGUUACUUUCUGGUAUUUAUACAGUUUUAGUAUAUUUUAUUUCCAAGUAAGUUACUUUCUGGCAUUUAUUGUACAAAGGCACUUCAUUGUAAUACUGUAUUGAUUCAGAUGUUUGCUGUGAUGUGUCAAAUUUAAAAUAUGGUAUUUGAAAAUUACAGCAAAUUUGUGCUAGGGAUGAUUUUUUACAAUAUUUUUCAAUAAAAUUGCCUUGCUUUUUGCUGUCACUUAGACCAAUAUUUUUUUUUUUUGCUUUGCAUUAAAAACAUCAGUAAAGCAUGUACAGCACUGUACUUUUUAAAGAAACACACACAAGAUUAAAGUGUAGCUUUUGCUUCAAGAAAAGAUAUAAACUUUUGUGUGGGAUGUAUUUAUGUCUGCUCAAUACAAAUCAUGUUUCUCUUUAGUCCUUGAUAAUAUUCCUGUGUAAAUUUUCAAUAAUUUUCACUUUUAAUUUUGCUUUCAAACUGGAUAAUGUGUAUUGGACUACAAAGGCCGAUUAUGCAUGCAGAAUUGCAAUAUACGUAUUGCCAUCUGCUGGUACUAAUACCACAGCGUUGCAGCAGUCGGCCAGAAUACCAAGUAGUUUGAAAAAG